AUGGACAAUCCCAUUCAUCAUCGUGGAGGUGGCAACCAUGGUGGCAUUGGUUUAUCAUCAUCAGCCAACUCCUUUGAUUCCGAAUCAGUGGAUUACGAAUCGGGUGGAUACAACAACAACGAAACAUCCUCUCCAUCCUCACUGUUCGUCAAUGGAGCAGUAUUUGCGAACGGAAAUGGACAUUCCAUGAUGAAUUAUCAAAGACCAUCCACUUCCUACAAUGCGUCAUUAUACAAUACAUCAUCAUCUUCUUCAUCCUCUUCAGCAUCACACAUCUAUAGGCCGCCACCCUCUUCUUCCUCUUCUGCUGCUCAUAUACCCACCAAAUAUCAACAACAACAAAAAAGAUUUCUCGUUAAUGUGUUGAUGAGUUUGGUGUUAUUGAUUGUCUUGACAAUUCUUGGAUAUGUGGUGUAUAAUAAGGUUUCUAGAAGUAAUAAUAGUAGUAAUAGUAGUGGUUUUAAAAAUCCUGAUCGCUUCACUCAGACCAAUCCAGAUAUUCUCGAUAAAGUUCGUAUGAGAGAAAGUGCCUAUGUGAGAAAACGAUAUGAGGAUGACGGAGACGGAAUGGAUAGUAGCACGUUUGUGGGCUCAAAACAAAGAAGAGCACCAAAAAAGGAUGAUACGCCACUUCUCAGAGAAGGUGACAGCAAAACUUCGAUCGUUCAAGAUGAUUAUUCGACUUAUUCUGCUCCUAUUGAAAAGUUUAUGUGGCGUGGAAUGUUUAAAGAGAAAAUGAAAACAAUUUCUGAUUGUCCAGUUCCUUUCAAAACGAAAUUGGCAAAGGUUGCAAAAACCAUUCACACCUACAUGAUUCAAGAACCAGGAACUGAAAAUUAUCAAGAAAUGUUGGAUGCCGAAAAAGUAUCGGAAAGUGGAGUGAUAAAUGUCGACUGGUCCCAAACCUUUACAUCCAUGCCUGCUGAUUGUCAAACUUCAACACUAGUUCACAAACGAGCGGAUGACAACUACUUGGUGAUUUGUCAAGAAGGAAGCAAAGAACCAUUUUUCUCAAUUACUAGAGAUGCCGCAGGAGAUGGAACUGCUCAAUCCGAUGCUGCGUUCCAAAUUAUUCGUGAAAACAAAUUAGAGAAAUUAGAGUUUGAACCAGGAUCGAAAUUAACAUUGGACAAGAAACAAUUGGCCAAUACGGAAAUACUUGUAAUGAAGUGCAGUAAGGGUAGAGAAGUUGUCACUCGUAUUGCACAUGACGCCGAAUUACAAAAAGCAGCCAAUCAAGCCUAUUCAACUCGUGUGAAAAAACUUGAAGAGCAAGAUCAAGAUCUCAAAGAAAAGUCCAAAAAACCCAAAUACGAGCAUCAUCAAUACGCUGCAAAUAUUGAAUAUGAGUAUGAAAUGAUGCAUCCCAUCAAUGUUUUACAUGUCGUUCUUGAUGGAACAUCUAGAGCUAAUUUUAUGCGAGAGCUUCCAAGAACUGUCGGCGUUUUGGAAGAUAUUGAAUUGGAUCAAAAGGCAAUUAACUUUAAAAAACCAAGCAAACACAGAGUGUUCCAAUAUUUUAGAUACAAUACUGUCGGUCACACUUCGAGAGAAAAUAUGAUGGCUAUGGAAAAUGGUUUAAAGAUGUCACCAUCAUUCCUUAAAAAUUAUUUCUCAUCCGUUCCAGACAAGAGUUAUGAGGAAUCAGAACCUGCUCGACAAAAAGAAUUGUUGACCAAAGUUCUAGUAGGAGCUAAAGAGGAGGAUGGAGCUCGAACGCUCAUCGAACAUAAUAUUUGGAAUAUUGCCAAAAGAUUGGGUUAUGUCACCAUGUACAGUACAAGUGAAUGUCCAUAUGUUAAAAUUAGUGACAAGAAAUACCGAAAGAAGUUAAUGGACACUUCUUCUCAUCUCUUUAACACAUGGCAUCGAGCUGACCACAAUUUAGUUUCUUUGGCAUGUGAACGACAAUUAUUUAAAUCAUCAAAAGAUAGAAAAUGUCUUGGAUCAAAGGAUUUGGCUGAACAUAUAUUUGAUUACACAAGUGACUUCUUUGCCAAGUAUCCAGGAACUGCUAGGUUUGCAACUGUUCAUUUAGAAGAAUCAAAACAUCUGCGAUCUCACAAAAUGAUGACUGCUCUAGAUAUUUCUCUUUCUCGAUUCAUUGUUUCGAUCACAAAGGCUCAUCCUCAUACAGCAAUCAUUCUCUCAAGUGGAAAUGGUGUUUCACAUGGACCUCUUUACGUAACAGAUGUUGGCCAAAAGGAACAUCAACUACCACUGUUAGUAAUGGUCAUGCCAGAACAUUUACAAAUUCGACAUGACCAAGUUUUUGCAAACAUGGAUGCUAAUCAACAACAAUUGGUGACACCAUUUGAUCUCUAUAGUACUUUGGUUCACUUAAUGCUCUUCCCUCAAGUAGAUCUUCCAUCUCGUUACAAUUUAAUUCACAAGGUAAAAGCUGAAUCAGAACAUUCAGAUGAGAUUGAUGAUUUUGAAGCAAUUUCCAAAUCCAUUCUUCUUCCAAUUUCUACGCAAGCAAGAUAUUGUAAACAAGCAGGUGUGGACGAGCGAUGGUGUUCCUGCUCAGUUCAAGAAACCUUCGAUGCAACCUCACAACGAGCAAGUGCUCAUAUUACUACCAUUGUCAAGGCUGCAGUGAAUCAUGUAAACAAGAUGGUUCAAAAACAUAAGCAGACCUGUCAACAGAUUGAGGCUGGAAAAGUUUUGAAAGCUACCAAGAUUCGAAUUCAAACACCAGAAGAGUUGGAGAAUGGAAGAAUUAUUCCACAUAUCAUCUCGGUGAUAUUCCAAUCAAAGUCCGGUGAUGUAUUUGAAGUGGACUACUCGUUAUCUGAAGAAGAUGUGUUGGACAGGUUGUUAGAUGUUCGAAGAGUUUCUCUCGUUGAAAAUUUGGAAGAAUCAGCAAAGAACCGUGAGAGCUUGGUCUGUGACAAACUGAAGGGCUUGGAAGCUUCGCCUGAUUUGUGUAUUUGUAAGGAGUUGUAA